AUAUUCGACAACCACUUCCACUUUCAUCACAACUCGGUGUCGCGGCGGUCGCUGCGACCGGCGGCAGAGCACCACGGCAGGCUGGAGAAUGACGUCAGAGUACAUUGGGCGAAACAGCAGCGCGCCCUCUCCAGGAAAAAGAGGGACUUCCAGAUAUUAUACAAUAACGGUACUACAGUUGAGACGGUAACAUCAGAUCCGUACCCUUCAGUGGGUACGAAACGCGAAGCUGGCCGACGGGAGCUGCAGCGGGCGCGCGUCAAGGGCCGCCUGCGCUCCCUCGACCCCAGGUUCCUACUCAACGACCCCAAGUGGUCGCAUAUGUGGUAUCUGAACCGUGGCGGUGGUUUAGACAUGAACGUGAUCCCUGCGUGGCAGGAGGGCAUCACCGGCCGAGGAGUCGUGGUCACAAUACUGGACGACGGCCUUGAAACUGACCAUCCUGAUCUCAUCGCUAAUUACGAUCCGAUGGCAUCGUAUGACGUAAACUCACACGACUCCGACCCUCAGCCGCGUUACGACAUGAUAGACUCCAAUAGGCACGGCACACGGUGCGCGGGCGAGGUUGCUGCCACCGCUAACAACUCGUUGUGCGCUGUUGGCGUCGCGUUCGGAGCUAGUGUUGGAGGUGUACGUAUGUUGGACGGUGACGUCACUGACGCGGUGGAAGCCAGGUCGCUCAGCCUGAACCCUCAACACGUGGACAUCUACAGCGCCUCCUGGGGACCGGAUGAUGAUGGGAAGACUGUCGACGGGCCUGGUGAGCUUGCUACCAGGGCGUUCAUUGAAGGUGUUACUAAGGGUCGUAACGGCAAAGGUUCAAUAUUCGUAUGGGCGUCGGGGAACGGUGGGCGGGAGCACGAUAAUUGCAACUGCGACGGUUAUACAAACUCUAUCUGGACGCUAUCGAUAUCCUCGGCGACGGAGCGUGGCGAGGUGCCCUGGUACUCAGAGAUGUGCAGCUCUACGUUAGCUACUACUUACAGCAGCGGAGCUAUUAACGAGAAACAGGUGGUAACAACGGACCUGCACCACUCUUGUACGGUGACGCACACGGGCACGUCCGCGUCGGCGCCGCUCGCCGCCGGCAUCAUGGCAACAGUGUUAAAAACUCAACUUUCUUCACCAGUUGUGAGGACAGCUCGACCUGAACGCUUGAGCCUUGAUGGCAACUGGCGUGUGAACGGCGUGGGGCGUAAUGUGUCCCAUUCAUUUGGGUACGGUCUACUGGACGCGGCGGGUAUGGUUCGUCUCGCGCGCUCGUGGCGCACGGUGCCGCCUCAGAGACGCUGUGAGCUUGCAGCGCCGCGCCCUCAGCGUCCUGUGCCACCGAAGUCCUCUGUUGUGCUGCAGUUGGAUGUAAGCGCAUGUCCCGGAGUUAAUUACUUGGAACACGUGCAAGCGAGAGUGUCGCUGUCAGCCGCGCGCCGAGGAGACCUCAGGAUAGCACUCACCUCGCCCGCCGGCACCAGAGUCACGCUACUAGCGCCGAGGGCGCAUGAUUCGUCUCGCGCGGGCUUCAAUUCUUGGCCUUUUAUGUCAGUCCACAUGUGGGGAGAAGCCCCUUUGGGCGUCUGGCAACUGGAAGUAUCUAAUGAAGGUCGUUAUAUGGUCGGCUUAGUCAAAAGGAAGAAAAACAAGAACUCGAAGAAUACCAAAGGGUCUCAGAAAAUGAAACAGAGUCAUCCAGCUACAAGAUCCCCUAUCGAAAGUACUACGUCACGUGUGACGUCAACGGCUCCCAAUCUAAGUUUGAAUUUGCAAGGGAAUCUGGCAGAUCCAUUAGCUGAUGCUAGAGGGAGAAAGAUGUCGAAUCUAUUCGAGCAGUAUCCGAAGAUUCAAAGGAUAUAUCCAGCGCCGCUCCAAGCCAACGCUGGACCAUUAACGCAGUGGGAACUAAUAUUCUACGGCACGGAAACCCCGGCACAGGAGUACGACGCGUCCCCCGAGAGCAAUUCCCUAAGCACAAGUGGAGGCGGGGGCAGGGACGGGAGUAGAGACGGGGGCGGAGGCACUGGGGCAGAGGUGCAGAGCACGGGGGCGGGGGCAGGCAAGAGCCCGUGGGGCAGCGCCAGCCUGCCCGACUCCGAGGAGGUCAGGCAAAACGGCAUCGACGAUGAUCUCGCUUUAGUUUGGCACGACUCACACGCGAUUCGAGAAGAAGGUUUGCUUGGUUCGUCUGGAUCUUCGGAGGCAUCCGGCGCUGGACUAUCAGGCUGCGCAACUCGGGCCCCACAACUUCCUCACCGUUGUUUAGAAUGCGCGAAGGGUUUGCACUUGUACGACGGUCGAUGUCAUACCAGAUGUCCGGACGGCACGUACGCCAGCGAGAUUCUGAUGGAACGCAGCUCGAGGAGACGGAAUCUAACAUAUUUCUCUGAGCAAGCUGCGAGUAAGCCUGGACCUACAGCCACAGAGGCUUUAGAUAUGGAACCACGAUCAGAAACUAAAGAGAAAGCACCCCUUUUAUGUCUCCCUUGUCACUACACCUGCGGGACAUGCUCGGGCCCUCACAGCAGUCAGUGUACAUCUUGUUUAGACGAUGCUCAGUUGUUCAAUUUAACCGAUACCGAAUCUAAAUUCUAUUGCUACCCGAAUACAGUUCUUCCACAGAUAACGAAUGCCAACUGGCAUUACAAUCUAAACAUUGUCUUGGUUAUUGUAUUAAUAUCAUUUAUCUUCAUAGGAUUUUAUGUUUAUUUGAAUGAUAAAUGCUGCUUCAAUCGAUCGCAUUAUAAAUCGAAUAUAAAUGUUGCUUACAACAAGUUGGCUGUUGAUGAUAAGCAUCAGAGCGCGUUGGAGAUCGAAGAGGAGAUACACAAAGCGAUCAAGUACACGAGUGACAGUGAAUCGGAGGAAGAGCUCCGUUUGUAGCGAACUCACGAAUUUACUAAUUGACAGCAACAGAUGCAGGGUUAGAUUUGUGAUUUACAAAUCUGUCACAAACAAACACAGGAAUUGUUAGAUAAGUUUUGGUAAG